AAUAGACAAUUUGGUGGUACAAAAAAAAGUGCACAGUGUAAGCUACAGUAUCUGCCAUUGCAAACAGUGGAGAUGCAUUAGUGAAACAUUAUAUGUCUGAUUUUUGUCAGCACAGAUGCAGUUUAAGAAGAAUAUUAUGAGAUAAAUCGCUUUUCCCAAAUCAGAAAACAUGGUGAAGGGCAUAUAUUGCAGUUAUAGACAAGCUAAUGUAUUGUGUCCAAUCUGGAGAUAAGUCAGGGCAGUUCACAGAAGAUAUGAUUCCUACAGUAGGUUUCAAUAUGAGAAAAAUAACAAAAGGAAAUGUUACCAUAAAGGUAUGGGACAUUGGGGGACAGCCAAGGUUUCGAAGCAUGUGGGAGCGCUAUUGUAGAGGAGUCAAUGCAGUUGUUUAUAUGGUGGAUGCAGCAGAUUUAGAAAAAGUAGAAGCUUCAAAAAAUGAACUACACAGCUUAAUAGACAAGCCACAGUUGCAUGGAAUUCCAGUGUUAGUCCUUGGAAAUAAAAGAGACCUUCCCGGUGCACUGGAUGAAAAACAGCUAAUUGAGAAAUUAAACCUUUCAGCUAUUCAAGACCGAGAAAUCUGCUGCUAUUCUAUUUCCUGUAAAGAAAAGGAUAACAUAGACAUAACAUUACAAUGGCUUAUUCAGCACUCCAAAUCAAGGCAUUGUUGAAGAAAACUUUUGCUGAAGAUUACUUUUCAUUCCAAAUCACACUGUCCUCCAUCUGCUAUACACUACUGGAAAAAAAGGAAUGAAACUAAAUACUACCCAGGACUCACUUUCACUAGAUUUGUUAACAAAUGUAAAAUUUCAGUCAAUGAUGGCCUUUGAAAAACAAACAUACAUACAUCCAGAAUGUUUGUCUGUCUGUCCUAAAAGCCUGUUCAGCCUAAAACGGAAAAAAAAUUAUGCAUGUGAAUUGUCAACAGUUUAGUAAUUUUUUUUAAUAUGAAGCUGAAUAAAUUGCACAGUAGAAACUGGUGUGUCUUAUUGUAAGGUGUAUUAGAGAGAUGAUGUAUAAACAUAUGCACACAA